AUACGUUUUAGUUCUAGUUCAUUCUAGUCAAAUGUUGUUAGUGUUUUGAGUAGUAACACGUGUUAGAAACAAAAUUAUUAAUUAAUUUAUGUGUUAAUUUAUAUAUUAAAAAUGACACCAAACUUGGAAGUUGUUGUGGGGACGUAUGAGCAAUUUUUGCUCGGUUAUAAAAUUAAUAAAAUUGUCAAUGAGUACAAAAUAGAGCAAACUUUUGCAACUCACAGUCAUUUAGCAAGCAUACGAAGUGUUGCUAGCAAUAAACAUUAUUUAGCAUCUGCAGGAGCAGAUGAAGUGGUUUGUCUUUAUGAUAUGCGUCAUCGAUCUGAAAGUGGAAAACUAAUACAUCACAAUGAUUCUGUGAAUUGCAUCACAUUUACACCUGACGCUUCGCAUAUUUUAACCGGUGGCAGAGAUGGAUCAAUAGGUGUUGUUCGAUGUGGUAAUUGGCAAGUGGAAAAAUUAUGGGAUAAACCACACAAAGGUUUUCCCAUUGAGGCAUUGGCAGUACAUCCAUCAGGAAAAUUAGCUCUAUCAACUGGAGGCGAUGGCACUCUUCGAACUUGGAAUUUAGUCAAGGGAAAACAAGCUUACGCUACAAAUUUAAUACCACGAUGGCGAAUGCUUGCAAAAAAUAUCAAUAUAUUAAAAUGGAGUCCAAAUGGUGAAAAAUAUUUAAUUGCAUCAAAUAAAAAAAUUGAUAUCUAUUCUGUGGAAACAGCUGGCGUUGAUGAAGAAAUAGAACUCGAGACAAAAGUAAUAUGCGUUGAAUUUCUCAAUGAUAAUUUAAUUGCCAUUGGUUUUGAUAAUGGUAAAAUACAAUUUUACGAUCUUGAAGAAAGUUCAAUAAUUUUAGAUACAAUUGCACAUGCAACAAGAUUAAAAUGUAUGCAACAUAUUGAUGAUUAUUUAAUAACAGCUUCGAGUUCCGGUGAAAUAAAACUUUGGCAAUUCACCAAAGAUUCACUGUCAUUGCUAAAUCAAGUCACAUGUAAUUCGCGAAUUUUAUGUCUUACCCUUGCGACAAUUUGUAAAAAUGCUCAAUCAAAAGAAGAUAAAGUGACAACAGAAGAAGUUAUUGAAAUAAAGAAAGUCAACAAAUUAAGAAAGAGACAAGAAGUAAUCAUUGAAGACGAAGAAGAUUUGAAAAUAAAGAAAAAGAUGAAGAAAGUCAAUGAUUUUAUUGUUGAAAAUAUUAACAAUACUCAACAUGGAUUAAAAAGAUCCUCUGAUGAUGAUGAUGAUGAAGACAAUUCACCUGUGAAGCAGAAAAAAAAGAAAAUGAAAGAAAAUAAAGAAAGUCCUCCAAACAAGAGAAAGGAUUCAAAAUGGAUAGAAGAAGAAAUACAGACGCCUGUUAAAAAAAAAUCGAAAACAAAAUCUUUUGAGAUUGAAGAUAAAUCAACAAAGUUGAAAAACACAAAGGAGAGUAAAAAAAGAGAAGCGCCUAUUGAAGAAAAAAAUAUUUCGCCAAAUAAGAAAAUUGCCACAAAUUUGAAUGUGAAAAAUGAAAAUUUCUCGAAAAAGAAGAAGAAAAAGAAUAAAAAUAUUCUGUAAGAAUAAAAAAUAUAUUUUUAAUACUAUAUUUAAUUAAAAAUUAAUAUCUAGAGACUAAGAACCAUGAAUGUGAUGGUUAAAGAUUUGUAUAUUUUUUAUUUGGUUGUAUAAAUAUUUACAGAGUGUAAACGUUAAUAAACCUUCAGUCUAAGUGCAUAAUAAAUUAUUUACAUUUUU